UGCGCGUUUUGAUGGUGCAGUAAUUUUGAAUUGGAUUGGAAUUGGAUGGUAAUUUUUGCUGGCGAACAGAGAGAGCUUUCGAGAGCAUACCAUAACCAACAUCUUGCGACGCUGGAACGAGCCGAUAUCGCGAGCGAGAAGGGGAUUCCCAUUGUUGAACUCAUUAAUCGUCUUCGAAGCAGGCGAAAGGUUGGGGAAGACGACUUAAUCGCGUGGUGAUAUUUUCCGCUGAAGACGAAGAGAAUGUCUUUUUCAGUUGCGUUUUUUCACAUGGGAAAAUUCGAGUCAUUUAGGGGGAGGUUUAUGCGCUACAAUGGAGGGGAAGAACACGUAUUCCACGGGUUGGAUCCUGAUAGAUGGUCCUAUUUCGAUGCUUUGUCUAUUUUAAAGGAGGAGUUCAAAUACGAUGGGGCGAUGAAGCUGUGGUGGAAGCCAAAGAGUGGUCGAAUGGAUAGGGAUUUGAGGCCUUUCGUCACAGACAAUGAUGCACUGCAAUUGUGUGCGUAUGCUGAUAAAAAGAAAGAGGAAGUCCAGAUUUAUGUAGAGCAUGUGGUUAGUGCAGCGAAACCUAUUGAGUUUAUUGAAUGGACACAAAAUACUGGUGAGGCUGGUGGUGUAGAGGGUCCUGAUGUUAAUUCUGUGGCUGAGGUUUAGGAUGUUGGGAAGGGAGAUGCAAGAAUGGAGGUUGAGGUUAUUGUAGAAGAAAUUAGAGUUGUUGAUAAAGGGGAUGCGACAGUGGAAGAAGUUCAGGUUGCUAACAAAGAGGAUGUAAUAGUGGAGGAUGGAAGAGUGGAAAAUGAGAAUUCUGUUGGUGAAAAUAGGGAUGCUGAGAAUGCUGAGGCUGGUGAUGUGGAAGACCACAGUGAUAUUGAUGUUGAAGAGUUGGAUGAAAGUGAAGAAGAACGUCAUAGAGAUGACGAUGAUGGUUUUGGAUCCACUAACACAUCACGCAGAAACAUUACACAACUACUUGAGAGGUGGCAAAAUUUUCAUAAAGAAAGGAGAAGAAGGAAGCCUUCGGCCAGUGCAAGUGCAGGUGCUUUUGAAACAGAUGCAAUAGGUCAUAAUCAUGACAUAGAUGCCACAUAUAGUACUGAUGAAUUAGACAGUGAUGUUGAAUGUGAAGGAGAACUUGUGCAUAAGUAUACCACUUUUCAAAGUGAAGACAUGGGAAAAGACUUUAAAUUCAAAGUGGGGAUGGAAUUCUACUCACUUAAGGAGUUUAAACAAGCUGUUAAGGAGUAUUCUAUACUAAAUGGCAAGGAGAUAAUGUUUGUUAAAAAUGAUGACAUAAGAGUCAGGGCAGUUUGCAAGAAGAAAUGUGGAUUUGUGAUUUUGUGUAGUAAAGUAGGAGGAAGCCAUACAUUUAGGGUGAAGACAUUGGUUGAUGGUCAUAGUUGUGGGAGAGUAUUUGGUAAUCAAAAUGCAAAUAAAGAUUGGGUUUCUAAAGUGGUUGCUGAGAAAUUUAGAAAUGUAGGCAAGAUGACUACAAACGAGAUCAUUGAUGACAUCAAGAAGACUUAUAGUGUGGGGAUCACUAUGUGGAGGGCAAUAAAAGGAAAAUAGCUGGUCAUGGAUGUCAUAGAGGGUGAUGGGCAGAAACAAUAUACCUUACUUUAUGACUACGCAGCAAAGUUGAAAAGGGUGUCUGCUAGAACAACAAUCAAAAUAAAAGUGAAUCAACCACAACCAACUUUGCAGCCACGUUUUGGGGCUUUUUACAUGUGCUUGGAGGGUUGCAAGGAAGGUUUUAUAAAUGGUUGCAGACCAUUCAUUGGUGUUGAUGGGUGUCACCUGAAAAGUACUUAUGGAGGACAUUUAUUAGUGGUUGUUGCAAGGGACCUAAAUGACCAGUAUUUUCCUCUGGUUU